AUGCUAACGACCGUUAAGUCUUCGCGUAGAGCCUUUUCUGGUGCUGCACUGAGUGCGGGCUUGGUGGACCGUAGACGUGUCGAGGUUAGAAGUGGCCAAGGAGGCGCAGGCCAUGUGUCUUACAUCAAGCACGUCAGUCCGAAGUUGUUCGGCCCUGGAGUCCCAGCAGGCGGCAAUGGAGGUCGAGGGGGAGAUGUGAUUUUCAAGGCCGAUCCUAAUGUGAUCUCCCUCACGAAUGUGCCUCGUGUGGCAAGGGCCAUGGAUGGAGGGAAAGGCCGCAAUAGGAAAAUAUCCGGCAAGAACGCAUCCCCACUGGUGGUGAAGGUGCCUCUAGGCGUCGUAGUAUCGACAGAGCCCCGGGAAGAUCGGGAGAAGUCUGUCGUACUUGCUGACCUCAACAAGGCCGAGCAGUCUUAUACUGCCGCCUUUGGGGGAGCUGGUGGCCAUGGCAAUGUCGUUCUGGACCAUCCGCAUGACUUCACUGUUGGAGAUUGUGGUGAAGUUAAACACCUUAUACUGGAGCUCAAGUCUAUAGCAGAUGUGGGCCUAGUAGGGUUCCCAAAUGCUGGGAAGUCGAGUUUGUUGAGAGCGCUCACUAAAGCGCGACCAAAAGUUGCAUCUUAUCCUUUUACAACCCUCGCACCACAUCUAGGGACUCUUCGGUUCACUGACGACCAGGACGGCGGCUAUGUCAUAGCUGAUUUGCCCGGCCUCGUGGAAGGAGCUCACGACAACGUCGGUCUCGGUCAUCAGUUCCUACGCCACAUACAGAGGACAACAGCUCUGCUCUAUGUGGUAGGGCUAUUACCUCUACCGCAAUCUGCUCCAAGUACACUAGCAUUGAGCACCCUCAGAGCACUCCAGCUAGAAGUCAAACUAUACUCUGGGGAGAUGGCGGAUCGCCCUUUCAUAGUCCUCGUCAACAAGUGUGAUGGUUUAGGCAUCGAGCCAGCACUGGCAGCGGCAAACACCAUCGAUAUGGAGCUCAGCAAGGAAGGGUUCAAAGAUGCCGUGGUGGCCACAAGUGCCCUCAUGGGUUUCAGCCUGGAACUGGUGGCGCGUAAGAUACGCCGACUUAUGGAGGAAGCUUUCAAGCGCUUGGAGUUGCCCGACAUUGACACUGACAAUUCAACUGAGCAUGAUGUGGUUUCGGUUGUGGUUUCUUGA